AGAAGAAGACCCAGCUUCCAUGACACUUGUAAUGUACUACUGUUUACUUUUUGUCAGCCGUUCUUUUCUCCAGCCACAUCUGAAUUUAAACUCAGUACAAUAGUAAUCAAAUGGCCUUUGCUCUGCCAGUGUGGCUCGCGGUCCAGAAGGAGCUCCUCGAGCAGACCCACGUGGAUCCGACGUGUUUCGACCAAUUCGACGACGGUGCUUUGUUUCUGGUGUUUCACCUCACCAGACCAUGUAUCGCGUUCAUCACAGACGCUGUGCGCAUCCGCUUAAAGAAAAUCGACUCGAAGAAAGGAGAACUGUGCGCGGACGAGAUGGUCAUGGUGGCUCUGAACUAUUACGCGCAUGGAGUUGCCUCCCCCGACCUCCUGCUGAGAGCUGGACAGAGCCAGGCGGAUUGCCCCGAGAUCCUCAGCACAGUCUCCGAGGUAUUGGCGGGGAUGUCCGAUGCGUUCAUCUCCUUCCCACUGUUCCACAAUGCCAAAAAUAGUGUCGCCUCUAGGAUUGAGAAGUUCUGCGGGAUCCCAAACGCGCUGGGCGUCCUGGCUCCAGCACACUUUAGGAUCAGAGCCUCUCCAUAUGAGAAGGAGAGGUUCAGGUCUUUCCUCAACACGUUGGGUUUCACAUCGGUGUCGAGCCAGCUCAUAUGUGACAGCGACGGAAACAUACUGAGUGUGGAGAAGUGUUGUGUGGGCAGCAUGUAUGAGGAGGACAUGUGGUACUCAUCCAUCAAAGGGAAGGAGAUGGAGGAGGAAGUGCAUGGACCGUUUUGGGUUAUUGGUGGGAAAGGAUACAACCUGAGCAAACAUGUCCUGACUCCUGUGGCAGAACCUACAAAUGAAAAAGAGAUCCGCUUUAACGAGGCCCACACAAAGAUCCAAAAGGUAAUGCGGAAUACACUCGGCUCCAUGAAGUGGCGUUUCAGGUGUCUAAUGCAACUUGGUUUUGCAAACGAUGAAUCUUUGGACAAAAAAAACAACAUCAUCAAGGCAUGCUGUGUCCUUCAUAACCUCGCUAAGAAGUUCUCCGUCCCUCCCCCGCCUGUAGCUGGUAAAAUUGAGCCCCUGCAUCCAAGCAAGUUGCGAACAGUGCCAGCCAAGAUCAUCCCCGAGGCCUUAAAAGCCAGACAGGAAAUCAUCGAUGUUAAGUUCUCUAGCAGCUUCAGUAGCCAGGACACAUCGAAUCAAGACACAUAAGAGGAUGCUUGAGCGGGUGUGUUGUCAUCAACAUACAUCGAGGACAAUCACUGGACCCAAAACCCAGCUCAGAAUGCAAAAUGUAAAUAGUUUGUUACUGUUGACACUAACGGAAAAUGUGACGCAUGUUGUCUUUUCAUUUCAUUUAAAGACUUUGUAAACACAUUCAGAUAUAUUUGUUAAUAAAAAUUAUUUUAUUUCUUGUACAAAUAAAGUCUGAAUGUAAUGCGAAAAAA